CCGUCCGGCCGUGGCAACAGUGCGGGCGACUGCGCAUGCGCCUGGACCCGAGACUCUCCCUGUGGCUCCUCCGAGGUCUUAUUUCCCCCCGCCGAGUGAUGCAAAGCCAAUGCAUCACCUUUGAUAUCCGACGGAGCUUCUUCUGUGUCAAGGCAGUUCAUUGAAACAUGAAAUUUAAAUACUGCGGGGAUAACAACGCACAGCUGUCCAGUGGGCGAGGCUACACACUUAUGGAGCUACUGAAAGGCUCUGGCGAGUUCUGCAAGGCACAAUAUCACAUCAAAUAAGCAAAAGAAAAAGUCUACUUCAUAUGCCAAUUUGUGUGCGCGUUGCCUGUGUGUAAGUGCGUGAAUAGCGGGAGACUGAACUUGGUGAUGGGGUAAAGUGAAGGUGUGAAAAAUAGCGGGUCCUUCGUGGCUGCAUUGUUGUCUGCUGCUGCUGCUGCUGCUGCUCUUCUGCUUUAUGGUCUCUCUGGCCUAAGCUGCGCGGGAGAGGUCCUGAUCUUCAGCCAGCACUUCGGGCUAAAUCAAAAUUAAGGGAUCACUACUACCACACGUCUGGUGGAGGAAGUUCACUAAAAGUCACUCAGUGCUGCCACCUGCCAGUCCCUUCCUUCACAAGCCCCAUCCUCCUCGACCUUUUUACAGUUUUAAUUUUUAUUGGUGAAGAGCCAAAGCGAGUGUGUUCUAAGUGUGUGUAUAUAAGUGUGAUUGUGGAACGGUGUAUAAAAUCUGAUCGCAGCCUUUUUUAUAUAUAUACGUAUAUACACACACACUCAUAUAUAAAUAUAUAUAUUUGUAAUUAUCAAGAGAUCCUGUGCAAGUUCAUCAUACGCUAUCGAGGUCUCCUAGUGCCGGUGAGAUUCCGGCCAGCCUCGUGAGAUUAUCAUUCAUUGUCAUCUUCCCUUGUUGUGAGCUCAAGCAAACCGCACUUCCAACUCCUCAAAAAAAAAGUCCUCAGCUGUGGGAGAGUCUAUAUACCUCUGCUACUGCCUCUUGUUUUUUUUAAGCGGUAUGAGUACUAACAGUGCAAACAUGAGAUCCAAGAGCAUCCGACCAGCGCCCUCUGAAAUUGAAUUCAAGAAUAUGCGCUUCCUUAUCACAGACCGACCCACAGAUGCUACCAUGCAAUCCUAUAUCGAGGAACUCCUGAGGCAUGGUGUGCAUGAUGUGGUUCGAGUCUGUGAACCAACCUACAAAACUGAUGAGCUGAAGAAGGCAGGAAUUUCUGUGAUGGACCUAGUGUUUGAUGAUGGAACAUUCCCCCCAAGUGAGAUUGUUGAUGAAUGGUUAGGGCUGCUGCGUCGCCGACACCGCGAGGACCCAGGUUGCACCGUGGCCGUUCACUGUGUUGCAGGGCUGGGUCGUGCUCCCGUGCUGGUAGCUAUUGCACUCAUAGAGCUUGGCCAGCGCUAUGAAGAUGCUGUGGAACUCAUUAGGCAAAAGAGGCGAGGAGCCAUCAAUGCCAAGCAACUGGCCUAUCUGGAGAAGUACCGUCCCAAGUCUCGACUUAGGCUAAAGAAUGGCCACAAGACUGGUGCGUGCUGUGUGCAGUAAAGAGAAAUGUAAGGAGAGAAAAAAGAAAAAUGUUGUUGAUAGCCUCAAUUACCAAAUCUCCCCUUUCUUGUCAAUUCCCAUGUUGAUUGAUUUACAUCCAAAGGCUUAUUAUGUCUUCUUAACAUGUAGUGACUGUAAGAUGUCCCGUAUUAGAAUACUGUUCAGCUUCAGUCACGCCAAGCAAAAUUUGUAGAAUUGACAAGUUGGAGCCCAUAUAUAUUAUAAAAGGAGGCUAGUUUUUUUUUUUUUUUUUUUUUGAAGACAUGGAUUAAAAAAAAAAGAAAAGGAAAAAAAAAAUCAAAUUAUGAACCUUAAGACUGGUAUUAUAUUCAUGAUAGAUGUUUUUUUUAGUCACGUAUUCCAGAUGGCAACAACUACUUGGCCUUUCUUUUCAUUUUUAUUAUUUUUUAUUCUCACUCUCUCCCUUUUCAUUGUUUUUUUUUUUUUUUUUUUUUUUUUUUUCCUCGUCAUGAACCACAGUGCACAGAUUAAUAAAUUGCCUACUUAUGAUGUGUAGUUGAUGUAGGAAAAGGCUUUUGGCACUGUUACUGUGACGAUGUGUGGAUAAUGUUGCUGCUUGCAUAUGAGGCCAUAGGUUGGUUUUGAGGAGAGUGAUGCUGAAGCUAGUGAUGAACAAGGCUUGUUGUCCUGUCAGAGAUUUUAAGCCCUGCCUGUGGAUGUCAUACGUUAGCAGCACAAUUUUCUUAAAGAGUCUCCAUAAUUGGUUAAGUUUUUCUGUAGUAUGUAAAAGAAAUACCAUAUUUAUGACAGUCAUGAUUUGAGCAGUUUUUUUUCUUUUUUUCUACUUGUUUCUUUUCCAGUAGCGUGAUACAACAGAUUUUAAACAGCAGAGUAUUGGGGGGAAAAGACUUUUAAAGAUAAAAAAAGAAAAGAAAUGUUAGGUCAUGGCAUUGCUAACCAGACCAGGCUGUUUACGGUCAAACUAAUGUGCCUUGACAAGCAUGGCAGUUAGCACAUAUCAUGCCACGAUCAUUUCCCAUUCCCACUGCAGCAGUUGUAGUGCUACCAGUUAUAUAUCCUUGCAUAAUUGAAAUCCAUUUUCAGCAUUAAAAUACUCUCACACACACAGAAAAAGUGAAAAUCAAUUCUUGUUAAAAGGAAGUGGUCUGGGCAGAUUUAAAAAUAAAAUUAAAGAGGAAAAGAUUAUCUAUGCAUUGCAGGCAAGCCUUCCUAUAUAACCGGCUUUAGAAGGACUUAAUGGACUGACUGGUAACACAUGGUUUUCAAUUGCCAAACGGACUUAAAAAUUUAUUUGCAUAUAAAUAACUGGCAUGUGUAUAAUUUUUUAACCCACACUUAUUUUCUGUACACAUAAUUGUCAGUCAGCUGUAGUAUGCCAUAUUAGAUAAGUUUAAUAAUAAUGAUAAUGAUAAUAAUAAAAGAAUUUUACAUCAAAAUUUGGAACUUAAUUGAGGCACUUUUUUACCUGGUAAAUGGAAACGUCUCCAUCAAUUUGUGGUCAGUCUUUUGAACAGAAAGGUGGCCAGGCACCAUAGCACUAACUGUCGAAUGGACUAAGGACGGUGAAAGCAUGCAAGAAUAUUACAAUUUAACCCUUAAUGUGAACGGUUACACCACUAUCCUGCCUCAACCUUCAUUUAAAGCAUCCUAGCAGCUGAGACUGUUGGUUACAGAUGUGAACGAGAGUUUUGUUCUGAAAUGUUCCUUUUUUGUAUGAUUGAUGGGUAUGAAUGACUACAUGUGUUUUAAUGUUCUUGCGGAAGCAUUUGGCAGCUUUCGAACUCUGGUGCUGUUUUGUCUAGUAGACUAUGGUUUUUCGGAACAGCAUUACUAACUUGAAAUUAUCUCUGAAGUUGAACCAGUUAAACAAAGACGCUAUUGGUUUAAGUCACAGUAAUUAGGUAUUUACAGUUCUCAAAAGUUCCUUGUUCUUGAUUACUAACUUUCUUCCUUUUUUUUUUUUUAAACAUGAAAAUUGCUUUUGUUCAGUUUCUUUCUUCAUAUCCAUCAGCUAAUGUUUGCACUUAGGUCUAUCUAGUCUUUUUUAUCAUCUGUGUUGUCAGUCAAGUCAACUGGGUCCAUCCAUAGAUAUAUUGAUGUAACUUAUUUUAUAUCGCAUUUGUGAAAUAUUUUGCAAUAAAUAGCUUUAAUUUCUAUUGCUUGAAGAACAAUUACAGCACAAAAUGAGGAAGGAAAGCUUGGUGAAACAAAAUUCCAAAUAGAUACAAACCCCAAAGGUACGACCAGCAAAGUGUUUGAAUGAGAACGUAUCAACUGGCUCUUUUGGACAGCGAGUUGCUAUGCACUAGGUUAAAAGUAACUUUAGUUUGUAAUUUAGUGUAAGAGAUUUUAUAUACUGAAUUUAAUGAGAAAAGAACUUUUUAUGUUCCUUGAUCACAUUGAAAACUAACAGAUGUACAUUUUUAUCUUAAGCAUAUUCAAUGGAAGAAGAAAGAAAGAAAGAAAAAAACAUAAAAAGAAUCUGCUGCUGGAAUUGAUUUUUAUUCAAAGAAAUGGUUGAUAUGAUUAUCCCAGAUUUGACUUGUCUAGGCACAGCUUUGUAAGUUGGGGUAAAAAGAAACCCUGCUUGGCUGUGAACCUAUGCCAUACUUUGCUAGCCACAAACAUCCCAAUCCCCCCUGCCCUCCUCCCUGCCCUCCAUUGCCCCUUCUCUCCUUCCUCCCUCAACCCCUUCCAUCCUCUCCCUCCCUCCCUCCCCUUCCAAGGAGUGCAAGGAAGUUCUGCCAAUUGUCAAAGUCUGAAUGUUGUAUUGCUUUCAAACAUUAACAGUCAAACCUUGUUUCUUCUGAACUCCAAAAUCUUUUCAUAACUUAAAAGAAGAGAAAUUUACAGGCUUAGUCAGCCAUCAUUGGCAAGUUCUAAAAUGAGACAUUUUUGUGUAUAGGAGGUAAGGGAGAUUGAGAUUGAACUAACAAGGUCUGAAUGUUUUAUUUGUCUGCCAGGGCCAGGGAGAAGCAUCUUCAUGUCAGACUGAUGCACAAAGCUGGAGAUAGUGGCGUGUGGCACUCUGCAUUUCAGAAGUGCUUUGUUAUUUUAUUAAAGGCUGGCUGGCUCUGGCGUCCAAAGGCCUAGUUGAGAAGAAGUGCACAGUUCCUGAACAUGGGAAAAGCAGAGAAAAAUAGCAAAAGAUGAGAGAAUUCAGAGGUGAAUUUUACCCAGGGUUUGUCACACCAGGAACUGAGUACUUAUUUUUACUAUGUCUUUCUCUUGGUCAUCCAUGGUGAUCACAUGCGAUGAAGAUGGGAACAAAUUUUUAAGAUAAAACUUUUGAAUGUUGGUAAUUGUGCAUAUGGGUGAGAAAGUUGCAACCCAAUGGUUUUGGGGCACCUAGAAUAGGAUAUCUGCUAUAAUUGGGACAUCAAACAAUUGGGUAAUGUGAAAAUUUUAAAGCAGCAAUGUUAAUAAAGUAGAAAAGUAAGUGGCUUUCUAGGGAAAUUAACUAAAUGUGUAGACGCUUCACUCACUCAUGUGUUUGAGAAGUGCCUGCACUGUACCAUAUGGAGAGCUUUCCUUGCAUAUCAGGAGUAAAAUUGUGUGUAAUCAGGCUUUGAUGUCACACUUCAGCAUGAAUCCUAGUAGAAGAGACGAGGUGCUACAUGCGCCCUACCCUAGAAUGUAACCAGACCCUUUUAGUCAUUCGGACAGCCUGUUGUGUCUCACCUUAAAAUGUAUUUGGUUAUGUACAUAAUGAUCCUAGUUUUUUGUGUUUAGUUCCAUGUAAAAUUCACUCAAACAGGAUACAGACUUAGAUACAUGUUUUGAAUUUGCAAAUGUCUUUGAGAUUAUAACAUGGCCCUGAUAUUUUCUUCUCAAUGUGUAUUUUAAGAUCCAAUGUCUUGUGUAAUGGAUUUGUUGCUCUUCACUUCUGACCAGUUAUGUACUAGAACAUUUUAAAGAAAGAAAGAAAAAGAAAAAGACAGGGCUUCAAUUUAUAACCUAUUUUUAUCUCAAAGUAUGUGAAGCAGCAGCCUUGGCAUUAUUUUUAUUUUAUCAAGAGACCAAGUGUUUAUAUUAUGUUAGGCUUCAGUCGGAAGUGGCUUGGACUGAAUGCUUGCUUGGAGUUGACUCUCUCUUGGCACUGAGGUCUGGGCUCAGAACACGUUUCUCUAUAACAUACGGGUCCGAGACGAGCUCACAGUUCCAAGAGCAAUAUUGUUAUUAUUAUUAUUCUUAUUUCUUUUUUUGCCAAGGUUCUUAAUUUUUUAUUAUUAUUCAACUUUCAUUGUUCUGCAUUAUAGAUGUGGCCAUGGGAAGGACAUUCUCUUUCUGUUGUCUGUGGGAACAUGGGAUUUCAGGACCUCAGUCACACAGACAAAAGCAAGGGAAUAGCUUUGCCCGAUUCUCGUUAUUAUUCUUAACUGGCUAUGGUGCCUACAUUUAAUUCAUUAAAGGUCUGUCUUGCAUUUUACCCAUGUAUUAUUCAACCAUCCAUAUGAGUAGUUAUGUUGCAAAGUCUUUUAUAUUCAUCUAUUUGAAUUUCAUAUUUCUCCCUUGCUAAUUACAUAUUUUAUUUUGUUGUGAUGAGAUCGCUGAUUGUGAUGGCAUCAAGUUUUGGGUGCAGGUGGGGUCCCUUUUCCCUAGUUUGAAAAGCAGGGAAAAGGAUGUCCAGCCGAGAUUCAAACUUGAGAGGCCAAUACCAAUAGAUCAUAUCGCAUGCUUUCCCGCAACAUCCCACACCCCCUUUUCAAGACAGUUUCCUGGUCAAGUCCUCAAGUGCGGCCGCAGGAGCGUGUAGUGGCCAGCUCUUAUGUCAUUGUUGCAUUGGCGGCCCGAGUGUCGUUGUUGCGCUAGUUGGCCCAUGUGUUGUUGCGUGGGGCUCCUGGUGGCGUUGCUGUGGCAUAAUUCUUGUAAAGCCGUCGUGGAGCUUGCCAGGCCACACACAGCCUUUGUAAGUGUCUGUAUUUUUGGCUAACGAUAGGAGUGUGAACUUGUUCAUAAUAAAAUAAUGGUUUUUUGGUA